AUGACUGGAAAGGGUUGUCAGCUCCUGGUGUCUCCGUGUAAUGUGUCUCCAUCACUGGGCAUGAUCAGAGGGCACCAGUCCCAAUCCAUCAGGAUACCCAUGUCUUCCCCCCAACGGGCCAAUCUUAGUCCCUCCUCAGGUGUGGAGAAAGUGAAAAGAGGGACUGUCAACUCCUUAGCCUCUGGGAAACAUAGCGAAAGCCAUGUUGUCUUACCAACCCUGAGUCUCCGCAAACAGGUGUUAAUCAAUGGGAAACAUCUAACCAUGCCGAGUCCAACCCCACACCAGCAGGUACCUGCUCUUCAUCCUCCAACCACAACAGUGACGGCUACCAUUCAGACAGGACGCUGCUCCUCUAACAAGAGCUUUGAAGGUUGCUCUGUGUCUGGACCCACCAUAGAAGUAUUUGGGCAGCCAGCUGGUGCUAACCUGACAGUAUCCAGUAGUCCCAUUACUGUUGUCAAAGGCCACCCGUGUACUGCAGGGCCUGCAGCGCCUCAUCCCCCAUCACAUCCACAGAGCAUGCAGGUUCCCCACACUGAUGGCAGAUCCUUACUGUCCAGAGAAUCACUGGCAUCCACUACUCUCAGUCUGUUUGAAACACAGUCAAUGUUCAGUGGCAGACAUGACUGGCCGUAUGGCUACCGUGUCCUUCCUCCCCUGGGGCUACCUCAGUGCUCCACCCAGGCUAGCGAGGGCGGUGAGCAUAUCAGCCUUUCUCCUGGCACAGCCAUGUCCGGCACGACUAUAUCAGGUGGCACAAGCACCUCUGCCUCCCUGCCCUCGUACCUUUUUUCAGCUGAUGCCGGGAGCCCCAGACAAUCUCGUGCUAAGAAGAGAGCUCUCUCCAUGUCACCUUUGUCAGAUGUGAUGGGUAUUGAUUUCAACUCCAUCAUACGCACCUCACCUACCUCACUUGUGGCUUAUAUCAAUGGUUCUCGCAGCUCUCCCUCCCACCCUACGCUCUCACCUGUCCAAUCUGAAGGUUAUGGUCAUUUCCUGGGUGUGAGAGGCCGCUGUAUCCCCCUGGCCCAUUACUACAGUAUGCCAGGCUUCUCUCAGGCUCUGGCCCCACAGACAGAGUGUGGCCGUAUGCAGAUGCUUGAAGAGGGAGGGGGUCUGGAGAGCCAGAUGGCUAACAUGGUGGUGGAGCAGCAGUGCCUCCCAGAGGAAGGAGGGGCACUGGAGAAGACCUCAGAGACCUGCAGCCAAACCGCCAAUAACAUGCUGCCAUCUCUACAGUUUCACCCAGCUGCAUUGACUACUAUCCAAGAAGCUGCUACUCCACAGGGGCCUCCGCCACCCUACCACUCCCACCAGCACAUCAACCUCGCCCGACAUCACUGUAAAAUAAAGACCUCUUCUCAGGACCCUCUCACCCAGGCUCCCAUGGCUCCUCCCAGGCACGGGGUCAGCUUUUUACCCCAGAUCCCAAUGUUAGAGGAAGAAGAGGGAGAGCUGGAAGACUAUGGGGCCCACUGCUGCAGGUGGUUGGAUUGCAGUGCAGUCUAUGACCAAAAGGAGGAGCUGGUAAAGCACAUAGAAAAGCUACAUGUGGACCAAAGGAAGGCUGAAGAUUUCACAUGCUACUGGGUGGGCUGUCCUCGCAACUUCAAGCCCUUCAAUGCCCGAUACAAGCUUCUUAUCCAUAUGAGGGUCCAUUCAGGAGAGAAACCCAACAAGUGCACGUUCGAGGGCUGCAAGAAGGCUUUCUCACGGCUAGAAAAUCUGAAGAUCCACCUGCGUAGCCACACGGGGGAGAAACCCUAUCUGUGUCAGCACCCGGGGUGCCACAAGGCCUUCAGCAACUCAAGUGACAGAGCUAAACACCAGCGUACACACCUGGACACAAAGCCGUAUGCGUGCCAGGUGCCAGGCUGUGUAAAGCGUUACACUGAUCCCAGCUCCUUGAGGAAACACGUCAAAUCCCACUCUAGUAAAGAGCGACAGUUACGGAAGAAGAUGAAAUCCACAGCUGAUGGGACCCAGGACACACUGACAGAGUGUUUAACCAUUCACCCUCUGCAUCCGAGCCUCUCUCCCCUGGCAAGGAUAGACAACAACUUGAACCCAUCCUCCAAAUCAUCUCAUGAGUCAUACUCUGCUGCUCUGCAGGGACAAGACUCCUCCAGCAAUCCGCACUUGGCUCUGUUGUGCUCCUUACAAGAUAAUUACAGGUUUGUUGAUCCUUCCCCUCACCAGCUGUUCCCUGGGGACCAGCGUGUGCCAUGCUCUUCCACCUGCCUCCCACAUCCUCCCAAUGGGACAUCGCUGCAGAACAGCCGAGAUCUGAAGCAGCCCAGCCAGCUGCCUGAUCUUGCAGAUCACAACCCAGAGCUCCCCGGCCAGAUAAAGAUGUUAUAUUCUCCUCCACAAUAUGGUGGGAUCAUGGCACAGACCAGCUCAAGUCACCUGAUGCAAGUUGAUGCCUUUGGUGACAGCCUCUCUCCAACAGUCAAUAAUCCCAGUGGGGUGGCCGACUCACAAACAGCUCUUUCCUGUGUUACAGGAUUUGGUGUCCAAGCACAAGAUGUGGCCUCUAAUCAAGAAUUCCAUGGAGGAGAGUGUUUCAGUGUAGUGGACCACUGCACAAGCCAGGUCGCCUGCAUUUAUACAGAGGGGUGA